UCAUCUCGCAGCCGCGGAUGAGUCCCAUCUUAUCUUAGGUCGGAGGAAGGUUUGACUGCACUUCGCGGUCUGAAUAUGCCUGGGAGACUUGACUUGUAAUAACGAGGGGUAUUAGGGAUGGACUGGGUGCUGUGGAUGUUCGAACUCGAGGUUGUUAAUCUUGCAGAGGACAAGAAAGUGGAUUGCGAUCCAGCGCCAGAAAGGAUAAUUGAGUCCGUAAGAGGGAUUCUAGUAGAAACAAGAAAGAUGAAAGACUCGGGGUUCAAAGGAAUGGUGUUUCGGGGCGUUGCGGCUGUGGUGGUGAAUCUUCUUUACCUGCGCAUAAAGGAAGGAAGGAGGGAUGAGGGGCUUAGAACAAAACAAUCCAUCAAUGAACUCAUCCUUACCAUGGCAGCGCACGAAGCCCCCUUAAAUAAAGAGAGCUCGUGAAUAGAGAUCUGCUGCAUCGUCGUC